CGCCUUGUGAUUGGUUCAGCUGUUUGUUCGCGUUCAAGACGGGUCUAGUUUACGGACGGAAGCCUGAACGUGUGUGUAUCAGUACAGAUCAGAGAAGAGAUGAUCGAGGUGGUGUGUAACGACCGGCUGGGCAAGAAGGUCCGAGUCAAGUGCAAUGGCGACGACACCAUCGGGGAUCUGAAGAAGCUGAUCGCCGCCCAGACCGGAACCAAGUGGGACAAGAUCGUCCUGAAGAAAUGGUACACCAUAUUUAAGGACCACGUCUCACUGAGCGACUAUGAGAUCCAUGAUGGGAUGAACCUGGAGCUGUAUUACCAGUAGAUGGAAGAGCUGAACGACAUACACACAUACACACACACACACACACACACACACACACACACACACACACACACACACACUGAAUAUUCAAAGCUUAAUGUGUUUGUGUUUCCUGUUCACACACACCGUUUCCUCUUACAGUGUGUAUUAAUGAGUUAAACCAGACGUGUGUGUGUGUGUGUGUGUGUGUGUGUGUGUGUGUGUGUGUGUUAGAGAACAGGAAACACUAAACCAUUUCAGUUCAGUUGAAUGUUUUGUUUUGAUAUUUGGAAAUAAAAUCAUUUAUUCAUA